GCUCAGGUCUUCUAUGAAUCCACUCGGCCACGUAGUGUCAUAGAAAGCUCACCUCUAGUCACAUCCUAAGCGCAUACCUCCCAACCACACCACAUAGCCAUCAAAACAAGAUGCUCGUCCCACGACAUCUACUCGUUCUCCUUCUUUCAACAACUCACAGCCAAGCCCUAUGGUUCAUGAACAACGGCAGGCUCAACAUGACAAUAGAUCCAGGCGACUUCGAAAUCGACCUAGCCGCCAACAUCGGCUGCGUCUACCCCCCCGUCGAAGACCAAGACUCGAGCGACAACAUGUGGCAAUCCUUCGACAUCCUCCUCGCCGCCGACAACAUCGCCACCUCCGACCCCGACCUCACCGGCUACCCAGGCCUCAUCUGCGCCCUCCUCACCAACGAAACAAUCCAAAUGGGCUCCUGGCCCUACAUCCUCACCCUCCCCGACAAAAUCGGCCAGCCCUCCUCCUCCUCCUCCUCCAACCCCUCCCCUCAAGUAAAAUACUACCUCGCCCUCAAACGCCACCGCAACCAAGGCCCCGACCUCCAAGACCCCUACCGCUGGACACCCCCAAUCCCAAUAAACCAGCAAAAACUCGACGGCGACACCGCCCUCCCCAUCGCCUACAACGCCCGCAACGUCCCCUGCGCCUCCAUCGAAUGCGUCCGCUCCUGCCAGAACAACCACGCCUACCCGCUCGCAAACGACUGCGUGCACACCACCUGCCGCCUCGACAGCUACUCGCAGCAGUCCCACUCCGCCUCGCUCACCCGCUCACCCGACGCCGACCCGCCCCCCUACUCCGACUACACCUGCUCCAGCUACUUUGACUCGCCGCCCUGCUCGCUCACGGGCGGCACCGAUUGUCCCACGCCGACGGCUUCGGCGGAGUUGACUUCGUCGAGUGUUUCUGCGGGUGCGACGCCGGCGGCGCCUGGGUCGGCGACUUCGACGCCCGUGGUUACGGCGCUUGUGUAUCAUCCGACGGCGCGGAGGAGAUCUGGUGGGGUGCGGUUGGGCGGGUCGUGGACGUCUCGCGGGGGUGGUGUUGUUGUUGUAUUGGCUUCUGCUGUCGUCGGCGGUGUACUGCUGCUGGUCUGA